AUGGAACGCUUUGUCCGCGUUCCCUGUGGCUUGUACCAGGGCUAUGGGAAUACGAUGCCUUUGGGCCAGCCAGGACUCUAUGAACACAAACAGCCUGACUGGAGGCGAAACACUGGUCCCCCCACUUUCCUGGCCAGGCCUGGGUUGCUGGUGCCCGCAAAUGCCUCUGACUACUGUAUGGACCCUUACAAGAGGGCGCAGCUUAAGGCCAUUCUCUCCCAGAUGAACCCCAGCCUGAGCCUGCGGCUUUGCAAGGCCAACACCAAGGAGGUGGGGGUGCAGGUGAGUCCGCGGGUGGACAAGUCCGUGCAGUGCUCGCUGGGUUCUCGCACCUUGUGCAGCCGCUCCCCUUGGAGCAGCUCAGGUCACAAGGUACCCCUGCCGGCCUGGGGAGUCUAUUCACCAGUGAUAGGUUGCAGGGGCUUGAUCCAGCCGCGAAAGGACGGGGAAGACCAGGAGAGGAAGGCACUUUUGGGUCCUGCGGAGGCCAGCCAGCAGCAGCAGCAGUCACCACCAAUGCCAAGGUCUGAAGAGGACAAACAGGAGGAGCUUUGCCAGCAUGGGUUGGGGGAGGAAGGUACCCCAAACCCUCAGGAAGGGAAGAGCAAGCAGACACAGGGAGUCGGUGGAGCAGAUCUGCUCCGGAAACCCAACUUCCAGUUUUUGGAACCAAAAUAUGGCUAUUUUCACUGUAAAGAUUGUAAGACCAGAUGGGAGAGUGCUUAUGUGUGGUGCAUUUCUGGAACUAAUAAGGUUUAUUUCAAACAACUGUGUUGCAAAUGCCAAAAGAGUUUUAACCCUUACCGAGUAGAAGCAAUCCAAUGUCAGACCUGUUCAAAGUCUCGUUGUUCCUGUCCUCAAAAGAAAAGACACAUUGAUCUAAGGAGGCCGCAUCGACAGGAACUGUGUGGUCGCUGCAAAGACAAGAGAUUCUCCUGUGGCAAUACUUACAGCUUUAAAUACAUCAUGUGA